AUGGACGAUGAACAGCCUCCCACCUCGCACAUUACGAUACCCGAAGAGGAGGCCCAGGGCACCGAUUCCCAAACUGCGUCGCGCCCGACAGCACCCGCGAUCGAACGCAGCGACUCUUCAUCUACCUCCUCCGAUGGCAACACUACACACGCCAACACCAUUCAUGCUCCGGUACCAACAAGACCUCGGUUGCCGAACCGCAAGAGCAGCGGUACCAUCAUCGUGCCCCGCGACUCCGAAGAAGCGUCACGACCAAUCGAGACGAGAUUAGAUCCCGGCGACGUGCGCGCAAUGAGUCCACGGCGGACGAGCGAAGACCUCGAGCAGCUUGGCCGUCAAACACGCGCAGAAGUCCGAAAGCACGCAAAGAUGCUCCAAGACUCGCUGCUCAUGAUUUUCCACCGAAUCCAGGCCGUCAAGGAAGAACACGACAAGCUCGACAACAACAACAAAUUCCUCCAGAAAUACAUCGGCGACCUCAUGACGACAAGCAAGAUCACAUCAACAGGAGGCGGCCGCGGCAAGAAAUGA